AUGUCUGGAUCAGUUGUAACACAAAAUGGCUUCAUGGUGGUCACCCACGUAUACCCACAACAGCAGACAGCAACCACACCUGUAACUGGUGUUUCUUCAAGAGUCCCCACUUUGCUUGCCAAAUUUCUGAGGGGAGAGCCAAAAGCAUUAGGGACUGUACAAAUUCUGAUUGGUGUGAUGAUGCUUUUGUUUGGGAUUGUGCUGGCAGUUCAUGGCGCAUCUAUCUCUACCUACAGCGGUGUUGCUAUCUGGGGAUGUCUCAUUCAUAUCAGUUCUGGAUCACUUGGCGUUGCUGCAGAGAACAAUCUCAACAAGUGCCUGGUGAAGGGUUCUCUGGUCAUGAACAUUUUCAGCACCAUCACCGCAGGGAUAAGCGUGAUUUUCUUUUCAUUGGACAUGGUUUAUCAACAUUUUUAUGACUACUGUUACGAGUAUGAUUGCUAUCAGCUUGGUAGUCAACUUUCGAGCACAUUGAAUGGUGUCUCAGGGGUAUUAUUGGUUUUGUCCAUCCUUCAGUUCUUCAUCUCCAUCAGUGUUUCAGCAUUUGCCUGCAAAGCCACUUGCUGCACCAAUCCUGAGGUUGCAUCUCAUUGCUAUCAAUCCUAA